GGUGAACAAGACCCGCUUCAUUUUCACCCCAUACCACGACCGCGCACCUCGAGUGUGGAUUGAACAUUGAUCGCCGUCGCUUCUGAACAUUCCGAACCCUCCCACCUCGACUCCAUACUCCUCGCGGUACUCCCCAUUAAACGAGCGAUCCCCCACCCCAGCCCCAAUGGCGUCGACGAGCGCCUCUCCGAACCCGAACCCUGCGGCAGCGACAGCGGCGGCAGGCGCAGGACCAGUGUCGCAACAGCAGGCCGCCCCCGCCGCGGCGGCGCCCGAGCUAGCCCCCAGCCUCAAGAAUGACCCGGCGCGGACGGGGUACGACCCCGGGGUGGCGUGGUGGAUGAACUACUUCCGGAUCUUGACGGGGCGGGUGACCAAGGAAGGGGCGUUCCACUACCGGGAGGACCGGUACCGGGCGCACGAGGAGCGCGACUGCCGGCGGUGCGAGGAGUACCGGGACUGGCUGUUCGCGCACUCGCCAACGGUGCGCUUCCUGCGCGAGCGCGUCUCCGCCCUCAACGGCUCCCUCGACGCCUCCAACGUCGUCUGCCGGAGGUGCCCGGCCCGCCUGACCGAAGAUGGCGACGUCGUCCGCCAGUCCGGCGGCUUCAGCCCCGGACACGGCAUCCUGCUGUGCGCCAACGAGAUCCGCGACCGCGGACACCUCGAGGACAGCCUCGCCCACGAGAUGGUGCACGCUUGGGACCACCUGAGGUGGAAGGUCGACUUUGCCGGGGAGAAGGACUUGCGGCAGGCCGCUUGUGCAGAGAUCCGCGCAUCGGCGCUGAGUGGCGAGUGCAGGUGGACAAGGGAAACGAUGACCAGGGGGAAUUGGAAGUUGACCCAACAAUUUCAAAACUGCGUGCGCAUGAGGGCGGUACAGUCGGUCAUGGCGCGGCCGCGGUGUAAGGAUGAUGUACACGCGGUAAAGGUCGUCAACGAGGUAUGGGACUCGUGCUUUAACGAUACGAGGCCUUUCAACGAGGUCUAUCGCUAAGGACUUUGGGCACCUCGAUCAAGUCAAUGACUGGCUCCUGUAUUAUUUAUAAUGAAAUCUCCAGAGACCCAUGAUACCAUGCUCAUGUAUUGAGACAAAAAGACGGAUAGAGGUAGAGAGAGGGCCGGCUUCAGCAUAUGCAAAUUGUAAUAGUUCAUCAAACACCAAUAAACCCCCGGCCAUGAACGCCCAUCAA